AUGCAGCGACCACCAGGCAAGCUCAGUAUCCGCAUAAUUCCAGAACAGCCUGUGGACACUUCCGACACGCAGUAUCUCUCCUUACAUUGGCUGUUUGGCAAAAACGGUGGAUACGUGACCCGUCCCAAGGAGGAUUACCGGCAAAAUACCCCGAAUGAAUUAUUCACAUCUGCGAAAGCUGAGGCACGAAUCAUAAGAGAGAUUGCGGAUUGGCUGCAGUCGCAAGAAUGCGAUGAAUUCUGGACGCCCAGAGCACGGCAGCCUCAUCGAGCGCUUCCUACUGCUACCCAGCUACUCCGACAGUUAGAAAACCACGAAUUUCUGCCAGCUACCUCUUCAAGCAAGACGACUGCUUUUGAAACUCUCGUCCGCAUCAUUGCUUUGCAAUUACUAGCAGCUUCCUAUACUCACCUACCCCCUUCGAGCGCAAAUCACAUUCCUUUGUUCCAGCAGCGCAAAGAGACGAGAUUCAUUACAGCUCUACGAUCUCAUUCUCAUUACCACUUCUCUCCAGCCGCGGGUCAUCAAGCCCGUCCGCCUUCUGAAACGGAUUCAUGGCCUGACCUUUACGCUGGGCCAUCGAACGAAGAGAAGUUAGCACAGCAUGUCAGUCAGAAACGCAAAUCACGCAGGCAAAGCAGCGGUUGUGUUCCACAAUUUGCGGCAAGCGGGUGGACAGACGGGCCACCAGCCAUUGUCGUUCGCGAGGACUCACGAGGCUCCUUAUCAAGAGAGAGUUCUAGCUCAUUGUCGGAGCCUGGCUUCUUCUCACGACUCAUAUGUCAGGCAGCAGUGCCAAAGAACUAUCGUCGUAAGCACAACACCAUGUUUCUGAACCGAGCCCGAAUUUCUUCGAAGAAAAAGAGGCAAAAGCAGUCGCACUUUGAACGCACGCAUGAAAAUCGCUCUGAGCGUCAAGACAUCAGUUCCCAGCCAGUUCAACGUAUACCCUCAGUACAUCGUCUCCGGCAGACCCAGUCGGCUCCGCGGAUCGAAUUCGAGACGGAAGAGGCGACACCUGUCGAAAGUCCACAAGACGGAAAACGUCACGGCUCAGACCCGUCCAUAGGAAGCCCACUCAACUACUCUUUUGAGAUACCUGAAAUACAUCGUACAUCUGUUACACCAAAUGCAAGUUGGUGUCCAGGGUCUUCUGGAGAAGGUGUGAUGAGGGCUUGCGGACGAGGCGACCUUAUCGCUCCUCAGGAAUAUUUCGACGAUAUACCAGACACGCCAGAGUUUGAACGCCACCAGUCAUCUCAAUGGAAGAUACCCCUUUGGCGACACAGAUACACUGAUCCCGUAUCACCGCCCUCUACUGUCUCAUCCUCCCAGUCAGCCGUGUCGAGUCUGAUCACAUCAGCUGUUGACUACUUCACAAAGGUAUACACCGACAAGCACAUCACCCAUCAGACUGACAACUGUGAAUUCGCCGCAGAAGAACACAGCGACGCUGGUCCAGAGCUUGAAGAUGACCCAAGGCUCCGAAAGAUGCCGGGCGGUGUCGUGACCACGCCCUGCGAGGAUGAAUCAAGUGAUAGUGACAUGGAGAGAAACAAGAAAAGGAAGGGUAUCAAAGAAUCAGAAGCCACAGCUUGCGAGCUUGCAGAACGUUUCCGAGGCAAAACAGGAGACGGGAUCGACCAUUCAAUGGCCAAAGUGGUUUGGUGA